CAAUAUUUCUGCUAAAAAAGAUGAGCGAAGAUGUCAAGGUAUUAAGCAUUGUGAAUUUAGUGAUUCAAUUUACCUUAAUAUUGUUCAUAAUAAUUUUGAUAUUGAUUCUGAUUUUUAUUACAAAAUAACUAUUAAUUAA